GUUCCGAUCAAGAGAAAAUUAUUAAGAAAUAAACCUUCUUCUUCCUCUUCUUCUUCAUGGGCCUGGUCUCCCAAAAGUCGUACCGCCAACCUCCCAUAAUCUCACUCAACAACAGCGCACACAUAGAAGAGAGUGUUCAACCAAAUCCAAUCCAUUUCCCCUUUCGAUUGACAUCAAAAUCCCUAAACCCCUCUUCCAAUUUCGUAUUCAGAUCUGAAUCUGCACAUUUUCAUUCGAUUUAAGAACAAACUUUUACUGGGUGUGGUGAUUCAUGGCUUCCCCUGGAAACCAGAACCAACAACCAGGCGGAGGACCAUUCGAUGUUCAAAGAUUCUUCAACCCUUCUUCUUCCCCACCACCAAUCACAACAAACCCUAAUACCACCUUCCAAAACCCUAACAUCCCUUAUCCUCCACCGUCCUCGGCCGCCUCGUAUCCUCCACCCACCGUCAGCGGCGCGCUUUACUCAUACUCUCCUCAAACCAACCCUCUUUACCACCCUCAAUUCCAUAUCCCAUCACCCCCUUUUCAACCGGACAACCCCAUGCCUUCCUCUAACUUACAACACCAGCGAUCCGUUCCUUAUCCUACACCCCCUCUCCAACCCCCUAGCCCUAAUAACAACCCUAACCCUAACCAUGGUGCCCGAUUGAUGGCUCUUUUAAGCGCUCCGCCACCAACCACCAUCGAUACCUCGUCACAAUCACCCAUGCCUAUGCCUCAACCUACUAAUCCCAUGCUUCCGUCAUCGUUGGUUCCUACAUUGCAUUCUGGUUCCGGUCCAUUGCGGAUGCCUAGCAGUAAGCUACCAAAGGGACGUCAUUUGAGCGGUGAUCGUGUUUUAUAUGAUAUAGAUGUUAGGCUGCCUGGAGAGGUUCAACCUCAACUUGAGGUCACUCCCAUUACUAAGUAUGGGUCUGAUCCUGGUCUCGUUGUGGGUCGUCAGAUUGCUGUUAACAAGACCUAUAUAUGUUAUGGUUUGAAACUGGGAGCAAUCAGGGUUCUUAAUAUAAACACCGCUUUAAGAUCACUGCUUAAAGGUCUUGCUCAGAGGGUUACAGAUAUGGUUUUCUUCGCCGAGGAUGUUCAUCUUCUAGCUAGUGCUAGUAUAGAUGGACGUGUUUAUGUGUGGAAGAUUACAGAAGGCACAGAUGAAGAGGAUAAGCCACAGAUCACCGGGAAGAUAGUUGUUGCCAUUCAGAUUGUAGGAGAAGGCGAAUCUGUUCAUCCCAGAGUUUGUUGGCACUGUCACAAACAAGAAGUUCUUGUUGUAGGAAUUGGAAAACGUGUGUUGAGAAUUGAUACUACAAAGGUUGGGAGAGGUGAAGUGUACUCUGCAGAAGAACCUCUCAAAUGCCCUGUUGAUAAGUUGAUUAAUGGAGUUCAGUUUGUUGGUAGUCAUGAUGGAGAAGUGACUGAUUUAUCAAUGUGUCAAUGGAUGACUACCCGUUUGGUUUCUGCUUCAGUAGAUGGAACUAUAAAGAUUUGGGAUGAUCGCAAGUCCUCUCCAAUUGCAGUUUUGAGGCCUCAUGAUGGUCUACCUGUCAACUCUGUCACAUUCUUAACUGCUCCUCAACGCCCAGAUCACAUCAUACUUAUCACAGGGGGUCCAUUGAAUCGUGAAAUAAAAAUAUGGGCUUCUGAUAGUGAAGAAGGAUGGUUGCUUCCUAGUGAUGCUGACUCAUGGCAUUGUUCACAAACAUUGGAAUUGAAGAGUUCAUCUGAGGCUAGAGUUGAAAAUGCAUUCUUUAAUCAAGUGGUUGCAUUAUCUCAAGCAGGACUUCUCUUACUAGCAAAUGCAAAGAAAAAUGCUAUUUAUGUUGUCCACUUGGAAUAUGGUCUCAAUCCAGAAGCUACUCACAUGGAUUACAUUGCAGAGUUUACAGUAACAAUGCCAAUAUUAAGCUUCACAGGUACUAGUGAUUUGUUACCUCAUGGAGAACAAAUUGUUCAGGUUUACUGUGUCCAAACACAAGCAAUUCAGCAAUAUGCUUUGGACAUGUCUCAAUGUUUACCCCCUCCAAUCGAUAGUGUUGCUGCUUCUGUUGCAUAUGAGAGAUCAGAUUCAACUGUUUCACGUGAUGCAAUUGCACCAAAUGCUGAAGUUAUAACUGGUUUGGAAGCUUCAGCUUCUGGAAAUAAGACUGAAAUACCCCUGCCUGUUUCUGUAUCAAAUUCUGAUGGGAGUUCUAUUUUGAGACAACCCUCAACUUCUUCUUUACCUGAAGUUCCUCUUUCAGUUGAAACACCUCCUGUUGCAUCAAGUCCUACUUUGUCAAGAAAACUUUCAGAUUUGAAAAGUCCAGUCAGCAUCCAUGAUGAGGCAAAAGUUAUUGAGUACUCAGUGGAUGCUGCUCAUUCAAACAUGUCUAAUGAUUCAAUAAUUGAUGAAAGUAAAGAUGGUGGAAAGUUUAAGCAUCCAACUCAUUUGGAUGUGAUUCUAAACCCUGAUUCACAAAAUGCUGAGGUGGAAGUCCAAGUUGUUGGUGAAACUGGAAAAAGUCAAAACCUUGAACCUGUUUCUCAAACAGAGCUUCAUGCUUUUGCUUCAGAGCAAAUGGAGAAAUCUUUUUCAUCACAGGCAUCAGAUUUUCGGCGUGUGGAAACAUACUUUGAUAAUCCUGGAGAAAGUCAAACAGUUGGUCAAGGUCAAACUUCAGGUGGACUUGAAGAAGUUGUUCAAGAUGCAAAAAUUGAUCUUUCAGGACAAGUUGAGACAGUGAUAGUGACACCUCCCCAAGUGACUUCAUCUUCUGGAAAAGGGAAAAAACAGAAGGGAAAGAAUGUUCAAGGAUCAAACUCAAGUCCAUUAAAUGUUUUUAAUUCAACAGAUUCUUCUAAUGAUCCAGGAAUCAGUUCUUCAAGUGUUCCCUCUGUUGAAGCCAUACUUUCACAACUUAAUUCCAUGCAAGAAACCAUCACUCAGGUGUUACUCAACCAAAAGGAAAUCCAAAAACAGACUCCAGGAAUGGUGACAUCAUCAAUCACAAAAGAAGAGUUUGCAAAACAGGAAAAGUCAAACCGAGAUCGAAGUCAACAAAUCUCAGCUUUGGUUACAAAUGGCUACAAGGAGUUACUUGUAACAUGGGAGAAAAUGUUGAAGAAAGAAACAUCUGCACUUGUGACAGCUGUUGUUCGUGCAGUUUCUCCAGUUAUUGAGAAAACAGUGGCUUCAGCCAUCACAGAGGCUUUUCAGAGAGGUGUUGCUGAUAAAUCUGUAAACCAACUUGAGAAAUCUGUUAAUUCUAAACUUGAAGCUACUGUUGCAAGACAAAUCCAAACUCAGUUUCAAACUUCUGGCAAACAAGCAUUACAGGAAGCACUUAAGUCAAGUAUGGAGGGUUCUGUAGUCCCUGCUUUUGAGAUGUCUUGUAAGGCCAUGUUUGAUCAAGUUGAUGCAUCUUUUCAAAAGGGAAUGCUGGAACACACAGCUGCAGCUCUUCAGCAAACUGAGUCAACUCAUUCUCCUUUAGCAAUUGCUCUGAGGGACGCGAUAAAUUCAGCAUCCUCCAUGACUCAAACAUUAAGCGGUGAACUGGCUGAUGGUCAAAGGAAGUUGGUAGCUCUUGCACUUGCAGGGGCAAAUUCGGAAUCAGUGAAUCCUUUGAUCUCCCAAAUCAGCAAUGGACCUUUAGGCAGUUUCCAUGAUAAGAUGGAAGCACCAUUGGAUCCAACAAAAGAGCUAUCUAGAUUGGUAUAUGAACACAAAUAUGAGGAGGCUUUCACUUCUGCUCUUCAAAGAAGUGAUGUUUGGAUUGUGUCAUGGUUAUGCACUCAGGUUGACUUACAGGGGUUAUUAGCAAGGAAUCCUUUGCCAUUGAGUCAAGGGGUACUUUUGUCAUUGGUACAACAGUUGGCAUGUGAUAUUGGGAACGAGACAUCAAAGAAACUUGCAUGGAUGAUGGAUGUGGUUGUAGCCAUAAAGCCAUCAGAUGGGAUGAUAGCAAUGCAUGUUAGACCAAUAUUUGAGCAAGUUUACUCCAUUUUAAACCAUCAACUAAGUCUCCCCACUACUUCAGUUUCAGAGCUUUCAAGCAUACGUGUUGUUGUCAAGCUUAUCAACUCCACACUCAGGACCCUGUAGUAAUGUAAGUAAAAUUCCAUUUAUAUAUUCGUACAAAGUUUUAGAAUUUUGUAAUGAAAUGGGUUGUUUUCUUCUUCUUCUUCUUUCUAUAUUAUGGAUGGAUGUUUGUUUGUUUGUUUUAGGUUGUGUUGAUGCAAAAUUUGUACAUUUGUUUUUUAUGUAAUGAAUCUUUAUUGUAGAGGUUGUUUGUACUUUGUAUGUGGUGGUGUUUUAUUCAAUCCAAAGUUUUGAG